CAGUCAGCCAGUCCAGGGAGCCACCUCAAAGCAUAUCGGGUUACUUUGAAUGACAGCGUAACCAUGGCGAAUAAUUUGACUAAAACUAUUGUCUUAUCCUCGCCGUCCCUGGGUCGGAUAACCAACCAAUCAGAGUUCACACAAUCGGUUUUCUUGCCAGCUUAGAAUAAUAUUAUUAAAACGAGCGAGCGAGCUUCGUAGUCGGGAGAACGCUAUGCUGAAACGGCACAGAAAAGACGGCGAGCUGCUCACUCGGGAGGGAAAAGUUUGUCUCGUGGUUUUUAGAUGGAUAUACGGUAUGUUACUCUCGCCUGAGUGGAUCUGAAGUAUCGGGCCCACUCCAUUCGGAGAAGGAUUUUAUCGAUAUUCGAAGACGUUUUGAAAUUGUAUCGUUCAUGGACUUCCAGCGUCUUCUGCUUGAGAAUCGUUGUCCUUAUCGAUAAUUUGGACGAAGCAUUUGUCAGCAACGAGCCAUGUCUAUGCUUCCGACUUUCGGCUUUACGCAAGAGCAAGUGGCGUGCGUGUGCGAAGUCCUGCAGCAGGGCGGCAACAUCGAGCGCCUUGGCCGAUUUCUGUGGUCCCUGCCGGCCUGCGAACACCUCCACAAGAACGAGAGCGUGCUCAAAGCCAAGGCCGUGGUCGCCUUCCAUCGGGGAAACUUCAGAGAGCUCUAUAAAAUCCUCGAGAGCCACCAGUUCUCGCCGCACAAUCACCCGAAACUACAGCAGCUGUGGCUCAAGGCGCACUACAUCGAGGCGGAGAAGCUGCGUGGACGGCCGCUUGGAGCCGUGGGCAAGUACCGAGUACGUAGGAAGUUCCCGCUGCCCCGGUCCAUCUGGGAUGGCGAGGAGACAAGCUACUGCUUUAAGGAGAAGAGCCGCAGCGUGCUAAGGGAAUGGUACACUCAUAACCCGUACCCUUCACCGCGGGAAAAGCGAGAGCUGGCCGAAGCCACCGGCCUGACCACCACUCAGGUCAGCAACUGGUUUAAAAACAGGAGGCAACGCGACCGCGCGGCGGAGGCCAAAGAAAGGGAAAACAACGAGAACUCCAACACGAACAGCCACAACGCACUCACGUCGUCCAUGAACGGAAACAAGUCAAUGAUGGGCAGCUCGGACGAGGACAAAACCCCGGUCGGAACUCCAGAUCACACGUCGUCUAGCCCAGCGUUGCUGCUCACUUCCGCCUCCGGCCUCCAGCCUCUACACGGCCUGGCUGCUCCGCCGGCGCCCAGCGCAGUACCAGUGCCAAGCGCCGUGACUGUACCAAGCGCGGACUCACUGCACCACCAACACCACCACCAUGGCCUGCAUGACACCAUACUGAACCCUAUGGCCUCCAACCUGGUCGAUCUGGGCUCUUAAAAUACAAAAAGCUAAGAGCAGGACGCUUGUCGACUGCAGACUUAUGGAGCAAAAAUACAGACAGGGAAGGUAUUGGACAGAGGGAGAAAGUUGUGGAUGAUGUUUUGGAUGGCCUACACUCAAAGCCAAUAAGAGGGUCCUUGAUGAGGUAUUUUUCUAGAAUGUAGACUAACGUUAUGCUCAAAGCCACGGAGCUACAAAGUCUUAAUUCUUGUUUUGGACAUCGUUUUUCCUUCAGAUAACGACACAUCCGUGACUUUUUAGUCGUAUACCCCAUUUGUUUACAUGUUUUCUUUUUUAAAGGCCAUAGUAAGUUUCCUUUUGAUGGGGUGCCGUCAUAUGAAGUGUUUUAUUACCAGCACAGCGAUUAUUAAGCUUAGCUUAUUUUCCUUUUUUUUUCUUUUUGGAAAGCGUCUGCAUGUAAAACUUUGCGAUCAAGUAAUAAAAUAUAAGCCCGAUCCCAUCAUAGUUUCAUAUACCAUUUACAAUAAAAGCUAAUGUGCAUUUAUUGAUAACGGUAUGUGUUUGCAUGGUUUUGUUUGCACAUGUGUUUGGGAAUACAGGCUACAGGCCCACGAGCAAGACAGCUACACAACAUUUUCUCGUGUUUGGAGUUACUCUCUUAGCUAAUAUAUUUCAGACCCGGGGAUCUUGUCCUUGACAAUGCACUUAUCGAAAC